UUCCAGAUCUUCACCUUACCUUGCCAUAUGCAGCUUGCGACCUUUGACCUGUGACCUGUGACCUUUGACCUGUGACCUCCCGAAUGGCGCGACAGGCAGUGAUCUACUGGUCUGUGCCAGGUCUUGGCCUGACCCCAGCCCCGCCAUCUGUGUGACGUCGAACAAGUUACGCAACUUCUCCAACAUUUUACACUGACCAAUCAAUGGUCAACAGUUUCUCCAACAUUUUAUCCUGACCAAUCAACGGUUGACAGUUUCUCCAGCAUUUCACACUGACCAAUCAACGGUUGACAGUUUCUCCAACAUUUUACACUGACCAAUCAGCGGUCGCGCUGACUAACAGCGAGUAAGCUCGUAUACGUGGGAGUACACUGAAUGAUUUUGUGGGCGCUGCUCUGUAUCUUGCUACGUGAGUGAGACGGGAUACGUGAACUCGUGAAGUGAGGCUAACUAACCUAGUGGAUAUUUAUUCUAAAAGGUGGGUUAGUGUUUGACCGACCUACUACCUUGUGUGGCUGGCAGUGAAAGUCAAAACAGGACUGGAUAUAUCUCUUCUGAGAAGUUUUCUGGAGAUGCAGUUUGAACUAUGUGUUUGCCAACCUGGCAAUGGUGGCAGGUGUAAGUGUAAGAGAGAAUAGUUUCUGACACAACAGUAAAUAAGCCAGCGACACUACAAAGACUGUGGGAAACUUACUGAUCUUGUUAAUGAAAAGUUUGAGGAUUAAUUUAGAGUAAAAGAGUGCCUUAUUUCUUCUUGGGGAAAUUCUAUUUCUGGAGUCCUUGAAGAAGCUCUAUUAUUCCCGGAGUGCGUCGAUCGCUACCGCCUCCCCAUCAUGAUGACGUCACAGGCGUCUAAGGUCCUUGACCCCAUGUACAAUUUCGACACGCACUUCCCGGAGCGCCUCUCGCGCCUCCACAUCCACGGGGACUUCAACGCUUCCGGCUCGUUCCGGAAGAAGAAAUCCCGCGCUCAGCGGAGCGGCGCCAGGUACAAGACCCAGCCCGUGACCUUCGACGAAAUCAAAGAAGUGGACGAGGAGCCCGCCGCCAACUCUUCUGGCUCCGCGAAGGACGGGGAGAAGCGCGCCAGCAGUAGCGAGCAGCUCAUGGGCCAGCUCCAGGCCUUCUCUCGCUCCAUGGACGGCCUGCUGCCCAAAAGCGCCGUAUUUCCGGACCACGUGUCCUUCCACGUGUCGCACUCCAGGUCAGGCUCGAGGAAAUUCCAGAGACACCCGGACUGUAUCCCGGAGCGUGCUGAGGCUGAGGCUCAACAGAAACAGCAGCAACAAGAACAGCAGCAACAGCAGCAGCAGAAGGAUCAAAACCCAGAACAGAGACUUUCUGAAAGUAGCACCUCUGCGACCGGAAGUCUGACAACCCCAGCAUCCCAACAGACGUCAACGCUGACCCCUCCCACUGAAGCUGGAGGGGGCGGGGCUUCCUCUGAAGGCGGGUCGCCCUCGCCUGUCCCCUCCCCUAAUAUCGCACCACGCAGGCAGAAAAUCACAGCCAAGGCCAAGAAGAGACAAAAGGCUCAAGGCGAGGGGGGUGAUGGGAACCUGGACACGUGAACAAAGACACACCCGCACAUCGCCCCCAGUGGCCAGCUGUUGCCUUAAAUGUCUGUCUGUAGCCAAUGUGAAGGUCGUGGAGACUGUCAUCUGUCUUUGUUUUUUUCUGUUGUCUACUGUCGGAGUUCCCAUGUGUGAGUGUGUGUGUGUGUG